AUCGUCGGUGACGAGCGAGUUGCUACGAGCGUCGACGAGCGUGUACGAGCUUGCGGCUCGCACUCGCGCACGCUUUCGUAUCGCGCGCGCCGGCUCUUAGAAAGUCCGCAGUUACAAUCUUCCCCGAGUAACUUUGCUUCGGUCCGCGAUCCUCUUCGUCCAUUCGCGGUCGCCUCGAUCCGAGUAUUCGCAGUUUACCUCGUUUCGUAAGAUCGGAAGUUCCGCGAUCCGAUCGGAUCCGAUCCGAGCCGAACCGAUCGCGAUGCGCGCCGCGUUGUUCUCGGAAUGAUCGACGAACGAACGACCGUCGAUCGUGGAUCGUACAUCGAACGAGAUUCGAAGCAGUUCCGAGGAGUAUUUUCCCGUUCUUUCCGUUCGUUUCUCGGAGACCGAACCGGUAACGAACUUGUGCGGAACCGGCGAAAGUUGUCGAGAUGACGCUCGUAACGAACGCGGUGUCGUACGCGUGUCAAGCUGCUGGCAGACCGUCCUACGACGCUUUCCGACAUCAUCAGCUGCAGCUGAGACAGCAGCCGAACCACGGUCACCGGUACCAUGACCGAUUCCACCAACACCGACAUCACCAUCGCUACCAUCAUCACCGGCGUCGACGCGUCUACGCCUCCGACGAGAGUCCGACGAUCGACUACCUGCAGGAGUACAUGUCCGAGAGAACCCUAGGCCAGGGGGAUGCCAGAAGCAUCGUCGAGACGGCGGAGAACGUCUCGACACUAGAGUCAACGAGCUCGCAGCGCUACCGAUACGAGCAUCGUCUCGGGUCGCAGUCGUCUCCGUAUGCCUUGGACUCCGACGACGGAUCGUCGGUGGCGUCCGCGGAUGCCUCCGUCGAUUUCGAGUCGGUCUCGAUCGAGGCAGAGGAGAGCAACGAAGCGAACGAAUCGAACGAGCCGAAACGAUCCGGCGAGGCGACACAGAGGGGCCACGAAACGAACGAGAAGAAUGAGAAGAACGAGAGGAACGAAACGGAGCACGUGCCGCAUCCCCACGCUGCGUUGGACGCCGCAACCUCGAGCCACGGACCUCGCAGAUGCCUCCUCUGGGCCUGCAAAGCUUGCAAAAAGAAAACCGUCACCGUGGACCGUAGAAAAGCGGCUACGCUGCGGGAAAGAAGGCGUUUGAGGAAGGUGAACGAGGCGUUCGAGGUUCUGAAGAGGAGGACGAGCAACAAUCCGAACCAGCGGCUGCCGAAGGUGGAGAUCCUGCGGAACGCGAUCGAGUAUAUCGAGGGCCUGGAAGCGUUGCUGCAGGCGAACGGAAGCUCGGGAACGCAGGAUCACCACGGGUUCGCCGAGAACGCGGGCGCGGACUCGCCGCGAUACGUCACGGAGAGGCUCAGGCAGUUCUCGGAUCCCCUGGCAAGAUUUCAGCCUAUCAACGGAUUCGAGCAAACGGAGCUGCAUCCCGCCCAGGUCACCGGAAGCAGCUUGGACCGUCUGAACAUGAUCGUGCAGAGCAUCAACGAUCCGUCGCGUCCGAUCGCCGAGCCCCACCAACAUUCUUGCCACCACUGAGAAACCAGGAAGACAGUAUCGAAGAUCCAUCGAAGGACUGUUCUGGAUCUCGCCGCCGGAUUCGCCGACUGGAUAUCAAGUUCCUAGACCUGAGCCCCGACGAAAUCUCUUCGACGUUCGAUUCGUACGAAUCUCGUUACCUCGCCGAACUACUUUCGGUCCCUCCGGAGACCUGGCCCGGUUCUCUCGGGAGAAACGUCGCGGGUCAAAUCGCGCGUUACGAGCGAGAAGUUAUCUCCCGCGAACGAGCGGGAAGAUCCCACCAUCGCAUUUUAUGAUUCGACCGCGUGUCACGUGCACACUGCCCGCCAAUAGUUACGGAUCCCGCGUUCCUGAUCAACGAAGCGAGAGAACAAGCUUUGUCUCGUCUUCUUUCUGGAGUAAAUAUCCGCCUUGAAGAAAUCUGGCCCGUAUUUUUGGCCGGCGGUGAACGCGUGCACGUAUAUAUUGGAUUGUCCGAAAAGUUCGUGCCGAUUUUCGGUAGCUAGCAUGAGAGACCUGACUGAAUAUAUCACAAUUAUUGAAAACAAAUG